AUGUCCGCCAUUCCUAAUCUCCCGGAGACCGUCAUCGAUACAAACGAUAGUAACUCGGCUGCCGCGUCAAGACACUUGCUUAAUACUCAGGGCGCUCAGGCCAAUGGAGAUGGACAUAGCACGCAAGCGCAGACUGGAAGCCAAUGGCAAUUACACGAUGCACCCGUGGAGAAUCAACGGCCCAUUAAAGUGAUUGUCAUUGGCGCAGGCUACUCGGGGCUGUACAUGGGUAUCAGGAUUCCAGAACGACUCCGGAAUUGUGAGCUGGUCAUCUAUGAGAAGAACCCACAAGUCGGAGGAACCUGGUAUGAGAACCGGUACCCAGGUGCGGCGUGCGAUGUUCCUUCUCAUAGUUAUCAGCUCUCUUUCAAUCCCAAGCCGGACUGGUCAUCGCUCUAUGCACCAUCAUGGGAGAUUCGGGAUUACCUACAAGGCAUGGCGAAGAAGUACGGCGCAGAUCGAUUCAUGAAGCUGGAGCACACAGUCAAGGAGGCAGUUUGGGAUCAGGAACAGGGAAAAUGGCACGUCCAGGUUCAACGAGCCGACGGCACCGUCUUCAUGGAUACGAGUGAUGUACUCGUGAGUGCGAGGGGAAAUCUCAACACCAAGCAAUGGCCGGAUGUGCCAGGCCUUUGGGAUUUCAAGGGCGAGAUCAUGCAUUCGGCAGCGUGGAACGAGGACUACGACUUCCAGGGAAAGCGCAUAGGUGUGAUUGGAUCCGGGAGUAGCGCGAUCCAGGCCAUUCCCGUACUGCAAAAAAUCGAGGGGACGGAGCUGAAAUGCUUCAUCCGGAACCGCACGUGGAUCUCGCCACCCCUAGCACAGGGUACGCAGGACAAGUACGGCCUCACGGAGUCUCAAUUCACGCCGGAGCAGAUUCAGCGUUUCAAAGACGACGCAGACGCGUGGGAGCAAUUUCAAAAGGAUGUUCAAAUUGACGCAAACAGCAUUCAUCCCGUGACGAUUCGAGGCACCGGAAUGCAAAAGGGUGCACAAAAGCUUUUUGAGGCUGGGAUGAAGGAACGGUUGAAGAAGAAGCCUCAUUACUUCGACUGGCUGCGGCCCGGGUUCUCGCCAGGCUGUCGACGACUCACCCCUGGACCUGGGUUUCUAGAGGCGCUGGUUGAAGACAAUGUCAGUUACAUACGUGACGAGAUCUCAAGAAUCGAAGAAAGAGGCGUGGUGACAGCGGACGGCACACUGCACGAGAUUGACGUCCUCGUCUGCUGCACGGGCUUCUAUGCCAGUACCGCACCGCCGUUCCCCGUUCAAGGUCUGAAUGGUAAAUUGCAGAAAGAUCACUGGGCCGAGCGAGCAACGAACUAUCUCUCGCUCGCCACCGACGACUUCCCCAACUACUUCAUCAUGCUGGGACCGAAUGGUGCAAUCGGCGAGGGCUCCUUGACGAUGAUGAUUGAAAGUGUGGGCGAUUACAUCCUCAAAGCUAUCCGGAAACUGCAGAAAGAGAAUAUACGAUCGAUGGUCGUCAAGCCAGAGAGAGUGAAAGACUUCUUGAACUACUGUGACGAGUACUUCAAAGGCACGGUGUAUGCGGAGGAGUGUCGGUCGUGGUACAAAAAAGACGGCAAGGGUCAAUCGGGCAGUAUAGUCACAGGCCUAUGGCCCGGCAGCACCCUCCAUUGCAUCGAAGCUCUACGCUCGCCGCGCUGGGAGGACUACGUCUACGAAUACCACCGCGAGACGAACGGCGCGGCCGUGAAUCAAAUGGCGUGGUUGGGCAACGGAUGGGGCGCAAAGCAACUCGAGGACAAGCCGGAUCUGGACGCUCUGAGUUUCUACGUGACCAGGAUGUUUCUGGAGAGAGAUAUUGGGGUGCCCGAGCAUCCGCGACCGGAGGCAAAUCGCCAGUUUAUUAUACGUCCUUGGUCGUACUAG